GAUCCUUUUGACUGGCUGAAUGUGGAAUUUAUUGCAGACAGCCUGAAGUGACGCUUUGAAAAAUAUAUAGGAUUAUGGCGUCAAAUGUGAAGAAAGACUUGCCGAGAGAUGCCCUCGUCAUGCAGGCGAUCCUACAAGAAAUGGGUGUUAAAGAUUAUGAACCGAGAUUGGUGAAUAUAAUGCUAGAAUUCUCUUACAAAUACGUCAGCGAUGUCUUAGAUGACGCCAAGGCUUUUUCUAACCAUGCCGGAAAAAAGACGAUUGAUACUGAAGAUGUAAAGUUAGCUGUUCAAACUCGAAUGGAUUAUAGUUUUUCUCAACCCCCGCCGCGUGAUCUCCUAUUGACUGUAGCUAAACAGAAAAAUAGUCAACCGCUACCGGUUAUAAAAGCAUACACAGGAUUGAAAUUGCCUCCAGACAGAUUUUGUCUGACAGCACCAAAUUUUAAAUUGAAAAGUGAAAAGAAAGUUCGAAUGGUCCAGCCUACAUUGCAAAGGAUCGUCCCUCCUGGCUCUCUAUCUGUCAUGCAACGAGGAAAUAAUAACUCGAACGUUUCAACCAUUCGGCUUGUUCCUAGUUCAUCAAAAAGUUAA